AUAAAGGCAGGCCGGUAGGCGCGCGUUCACAUAAACCGGACUGAUGCGUCCGCAGGCCGGACCGUCCCUCAGCGCCUCACCGACAGUUCCGGUCACCGGAGGCCGACAAUGUCCGUAGCGAAGCCCCGGCAUGGCCGCCUUACCUGCGGCCCGCAGCGCGCGUGCUUUUCCCUCCUGCACAGGCAAAGCAGCUUUCUGUACCGGGGGGGGCUCGCGGUGAUAAUCUGACUGCUUUAUCCUGCUGCUGCUUGGGUUUGUGUGCGCGCGCUUGUGUGUGUGUGUGUGUAUGUGUGUGCGUGUGUGUGAAUGCGGCGGGAUUUUAAGCUCUCUUUUGUUUGGGAGCGCGCGGCUGUGAAGAGCUCUCAGCGUUCCCCCCGCGACCUGCACGCUCGAGCCGCUUCUCCUGCUCCUGAUUCCCUCGAUGCUGCUAUGACGUCCUGGCCGCGUGAAGAGCGCAACAUUACCCUCCGGAGCGCGCUGGUCUUCAUCAUCCUCAUCAUCACUCUGUUCGCUGUUGCGUCCUGUCAGUUGGCGGAGAAGCGUUGUGCGUCACCCCUCGUCUCAUCCUGCGAAGAAUGCCUGAGCCGUGGACCGGAAUGUGCCUGGUGCUUUCAGAAGAGUUUUAUGGAUGGAGCUCAUGUAGGUGAAAGAUGUGGUUCUGCUGCUCGGCUGCUGCUGAAAGGCUGUGGAGAGGAGUUUGUUGAGAAUCCCAGUGUGAAGGUGGAGAACACCACUCUGAGCAGCUCCCAGGUGACUCCCAGAGACAUCUCCAUCCAACUGAGGCCAGGGAGCGAGGCGAGCUUCAUCGUGGAGGUGAAGCAGUUGGAGCGGUAUCCUGUGGACCUGUACUACCUGGUGGACGUCUCGGCUUCCAUGCAGGACAACUUAGAUCGGCUAAAGACUGUGGGAGUGACCCUUUCUCACCGCAUGAAGGAACAUUCCAGCGACUUCAGAGUGGGGUUCGGAUCAUUCGUGGACAAGCCGGUCUCGCCCUAUAUUGACGUGAAUCCUUCUAAAAUUAGCAACCCUUGCAGUGAUUAUGAUGUUCACUGUCGGCCGGCUCACGGCUUCAUCCAUGUCCUUCCCGUCACAGAGAACAUGACGGACUUUAAGCAGGUGAUCCAGCAGCAGAGGAUCUCUGGAAACAUGGACACGCCGGAGGGAGGCUUUGACGCCAUGCUGCAGGCGGCUGUGUGUCAGAAGGACAUUGGCUGGCGUCCCGAGGCGAAGCAUCUUCUGCUGGUCAUGACUGACCAGCCAUCCCAUCUGGCCCUGGACAGCAAACUGGCGGGCAUUGUGGUGCCCCAUGAUGGACGGUGCCAUCUAGUGGACAAUAUGUACUCCCAGUCUGCCAACAUGGAGCACCCGACCAUCGGUCAGCUGGCAGAGAAGCUGCUGGAAAACAACAUCUACUCCAUCUUUGCUGUGGAUCAGAUGCAAUAUAAGUGGUAUGAGGAUGUGGUGGACUUUCUUCCAGGAACCUACCUGGGGAAAUUGCUUCCCAAAGCUUCUAAUCUCACCAACCUGGUGGUGGACGCCUACAAGAAGCUGCUGUCGGAGGUCGGGGUGGAGGUGGGAGUGGAGGACAGUGAAGCUCACAGGUUCUGGGUGAGAGUCUCAGCGAUCUGCCCGAACGGAUCCACCGAGACGAACGGCAGAUGCUCCAACGUUCAGCCCAAACAAACAGUCUUCUUCAACAUCACAGUGGGAAUGCGCUCGUGUCCUGCUGAGGGUCUGAGGAGUGGGCAGGAGGUUCUGCUGAUGGUGAGGCCUGUGGGGUUUAAUGAGUCGGUGACUGUACGAGUCCAGCAGGCCUGUGGGUGUAGCUGUGGUGAGGCCGGACCUUACCAUGAAGAACCAGAACCUUCCAGCUGCAUGUCUGGAGGCGGUCCUGCAGCUGAGAGGGCUUUGAUGGACGGCUGUCGGGAGGAGCGCAGUGGUCUGGUGUGCUCUGGUCGGGGAAUCUGCUCGUGUGGGGGAUGUGUGUGUGAUCAGAGCAGCCUCGGCACUAUUUAUGGACAAUUCUGUGAAAAGGAUGAUUUCUCCUGCGCGUAUGAGGGGGGUCUGGUGUGUGGAGGUCAUGGUCAGUGUGUCUCAGGGGAGUGCUUGUGCCAGCCUGGCUGGUCUGGUGAGAGCUGCGGCUGCCCGAUGUCGUCAGAAAGCUGCCUGUCCAGAGACGGCUCGGUGUGCAGCGGUCAGGGAAAGUGUGUGUGCGGCAAGUGUGUGUGUGAUGACCCGCGGCAUUCUGGGGCUUUCUGUGAGAAGUGUCCCACCUGCUCCAACUCCUGUCAAUCACACUGGAGUUGUGUGUCCUGCCACGUGUCUAAAGGCUUUGGGCGGGACGAAGCACAGCAGUGCAAUAAAAGCUGCACUUCACUGGUGGCUUAUGUUGAUGACAUCACUGAGCUGGUCAGAGGGAAGUAUUGUUUGUACCACAGCAGAGAGCAGUGCUUCUUCAGAUUCCACAUGGAGCUGGAAACACAUGGACCCCAGCUGCACAUUAGCAGACAUGCCGAGUGUGUGUUAAGCCAGCGGUACUUCAAGACCUUUCUCAGCAUCUUCCUCCUCACUCUAGUGCUGGGCCUGGGCAUCCUGGCCGUCAUCCGCCAGCUCCUCCGGAACAAGAGCUGGACCUUGGGGGAAGAAAGCAGUGAGCAGUUUGAUGACAGUAAUAAGAGCCCAUCGUACGCACCCACCACCAGUGAGAAGACCAUAACCUACAGACGGGACCACCUCCAGGAGCACCCUGUGGAGAUGCACGUCCACGUUCCCAAGAUGCCCCUCAGCGACAUCUGGCCAUGACAGGCCGAGGACGAGAAGAGAAGAGCAAACGAGAGCAAUAAGUGAAUUAAUGCACACUUGUUUUCACAAGCACACUCCAUUCUUCUGUGGUUGCCAUGUUUGUGUUUAUGUUACUUUGGGUGGCAUUUUGGCUCCUCCCUUCUGUGGCCAGUAAAGAAUGGUACUUUUUUUUUACGGUACUUACUAGAGAAUAUGGUACUUGAUUACAGGGACUGAUGUGGUGGAAACUGGACCACAGGACAUUAACAGGUCUGAAAUAUACAGUAUAUCUGGGAGAGUGGCUGCACCUGAAAAUAUACCAUAUUUUUCGCACUAUAAGGCGCACUGGAUUAUAAGGCUCACAAUCAAUACAUUUGACAACAUCUAUUUUCUGGUCUAAUAUUUUUUUUUAUACAUAAAGCGCAUCAGAUUAUAAGGCGCAUUUCAUGCCACUUUAAAAUAAGGCUCCUUUAUAAAGGGUUUAUAAAUAGUUUACAAAGGCGUUUAUAAUUGGUUAUUAAUUUGGUUAUGAACUAUUAAUCCAUUAAUAAGCAGUUACAACAGAUAAAAAAAGAGCAACAGUGGCCUGUCGUGUACCAAAUAGUGAUUCUACAUUCGUUUUAUACUGUUAAAACUAAAAUCUUACUUUUUCUUAUCAUUCAGCAUCAACAUUUCUGUUAAUAACUUUAUUCAUUUAACUAUGAAAACAUAUUAAAUUACUAAUCUGACUUUCUAUAUUAUUUAUUAGAUAUGUUAAAAUGUUAUUUUCACUGCUGUUCUUUCUAUUUAUGUGUUAUAACUAUUUAUUAAUGUUUUUAAAGUAUUUGUAAAUGAAUUUAUAACCAUUAUAUAAACGCCUUGAUAAACAAUUUAUUAAGAAGCCUUAUUUUAAAGUGGUACCCUAUGAACUAUUAGUAGGAACAGGUGGCUCGCCAUGUUUUCCUUCUAAAUUCCCUGGGUGGCGAGACCUGUAAAGCUAAGCUAAGCUAAGUAAACAAAACUGUAAUUCUUAUAAAAACAGUUCAGACAAGUUAAACGUGCGCGGGAUGUUAAUCUGCAUAGAUUUCUCUCCUGAGAACUGUUUAUUUGGGUGAGUAAAGCGCUUCCGUUUAUUUACAGUAAGCUUAGAUUUAGGGAUUUACACUAAAGCUGGAGAAUUAGCAUUAGCGGCUAACCGGCUAACCCGACAGCGCUACACUGAGGAACCCUGGGUGUUCCAGUAAGCCAGGGUGAUAUUAGCUAGCGGUUUGUCCCACAUAGCUUGUUUUAACACUGUAAACAUGCAAGAUGCAGUUCGAAAUGCUUACCUCUGAAUGUGAAAAGAGCUAGCGCUUAGCGCGGUUAGCAGCUAAUGCUAAUACUGCUCCAGUUUCUGUGCUGGAGAACUAAACUGGAGGCUUUACUGCUCCUUAAUACCUGACUGGUAGAAUUUAUACAUAAAGCACACUAGAUUACAAAGCACACUGAUGAUUUUUUUCAGAAAAAUUAAAGCAUUUGAAGUGCACCUUAUAGUGCAAAAAAUAUGAUAUAUGUUUUAUGGGGCAUUCGGACAGGUCUCGUGAACUUGAGUGGGAAAAUUCUCAUUUGAAAGUAUUGCACGUGCAAGUGAAUGUGUAUACACUAAUCAGCAAUAACAUUAAAACCACCUCCCUAAUUUUAGGUAGUUUAGGUUGCUGCCAUAUUAUCAAAACAGCUUUGUGACCCAUUUUUUCAUGGACUCCACCAGACCUCUGAAGGUGUUCUAUGGAAUCUGACAUCAAGAUAUCAGCAGCAGAUCCUUUAAGAGUGUAACCUGUGAGGUAGAACUUCCAUGUUUUGCAAAAGAACCCAGCUCAAAUCCUUAAUAUUGCCCAUUUUAUGGCUUCUAAUAGAUGAAUUCAAAAACUGACUGUUCACUUACUGCCUAAUACUAUAUACAUCCCACCCUUCGACAGAUGUCAGUGGUUUAAUGCUAUUUCUGGAUGGUGUAGAUCCACUAUAAUGGACCAAUAACAUUCGCAUUACAGCAGAACAGUUAUUAAUGUUAAUUUAUUGUUGGUUAUAAAGUUUUCUGGAGUGACCUGCUUAUUUAUGAAGUCGAAGGCCUAAUGUUACAUUUCUUUACUACGUGAGUGCCUACAAAAUAUACACUGCUACUCAAAAAGAGUAGCCAUUAUUUAGUCAGUUGAGGGCAAACACUUAAUUGUAUGUUUUUUGUGUAUUUUUGUGUAUUUUGGGAGUAUCAGAUACUUUUGGGCAAUUCUUUUUGAACACCAGUGUAUUUUCCUUUGGUACAUCGUUUUUCAGGCAAUAUACACUGAAUGUACUGGCUGCUGAUUUGCCACAGCUGCUAAACUAAGGUGACAUUAGGUAACGUGGAACUUGUAAGCCUGAACUUACCACUUGUAUCAAUUACUUUUUGGAUUUUUAAGACAUUCAAAUGCAGCUUUCCUGCAGUAAACUCAGCAACUCACCAGUUGAUCAGGACUGUCUGAAUGUCCUGUAAUUGGUCAGCAAUCAUGAAAGUCAGGAAUGGCCCCAAAACAACAGCAAAGCAAAGAAACACUGUGUAUUCUUUAUUUUACAGUCUUACAUUCUUGAAAUUUAAGGCUUUUCAAAUGUUUCUUUGAGUGAUGGACUUAGAAAAAACACUUUUACACAUUUUUGAUUCUUUUUUCUUUCAGUGAAGAACCAUGUUUAUCAUAGAGAUGACUGAAUGUGACGAAACAUGAAAAGCCCUGUUUUGUCGUUCUAUUGAUUUAGGGCAUUUUAGUCAGUUUGUCUUUGCUAUCGUAACGAUGGGAAAAGUACACCUUACACGACUCAAAACGCACCAAAGGCAUGCAUGUACUAAUUCUCUUAAUUAAUCAUGGAUGUGUGUCACUUGCCAUUCUCUUUAAGAGCCAGGUGUUCUCUGACUUUGAAGGAUUGCUAUUUUAACGGUGCAGCACUUUUGCGCUGACCUGUGGAGAUACAUUUACAUUUACGGAUUUAUUGUCGAUGAAAGUUACUAAGGGUUUGUGCACUGUGGCAUGUCCAUGUGUGUAUGUAUGUAAAAAGCAUUGCUGUACGUGAGGCACCUGCUUAGCUAAGAUAGGUAUGAACGUCUGACUGUUGACUGUUGUCAGGGUUUUAACCAGUCAGUGGUGCACUGUUUUGUGUUUUACGCCGCCAAGAUAGCAACAUGCCAGAAAUUUACCUGAACACACCAUCCGUCUACGUAGAUAUAUUCGUAAACUCCAAUGCUAUUUUAAACCACGUCAACAGUCUACUUUUAUGCCUUGAACCUACGUUUUUAAGAUAGCAAUGAGCAUCACAAAACUCACAAACUCCCAGAUCUUUAUAAAAAACAUGGUUCUUCUUUCUAUGAACAAAGUGGUUCUUCUGAUACAUCACUUAAAAAACAUGCCAAUUCCUGACUGCAGCUUCAAUCUCUCCAGAUUAGACAAGAUAACAGAUUAGAGAGUGGACAGUUUAUACCAGCUUCCUCCUACACUUAUAGAUGAAGGUACUGUAGUUUAUUAUUUUUAUUUUAUUUUAUUUAUGUGCGAGUACGUGAGUUUAUGUUAUUUAUGUUGAUCUAGACCUCGAUUUAAAACUGAAACAGAACACUACAGUUAUUUAAGGAGCCCACACUACUCAGCCAUAGCCAUAAAGACCUCAAUGACCAUCCAGUCCCUUCUUUACUGGGGUUCUGACGCCACCUAGUGGGCAACAGGGGGCAUGAUCGGAAACAUUCCUCAUUUAUCCUUUAGCACAUUGUGUAGGGGGCAUCAAUAAGCAGAUGAAGGUAAAGAUGUACAUUUGAAUGAGUUAAAAUUAUGGUAUGAGGAACAGUGGGGCCAUAUUUACAGCAGCAAGUAGCACUUUGUCCAUCUCAAAUAAUGACUUUUUCACUUUUUUAAAGGUGUGCAGUCAGAAACUGGAAUUGAACCCAUGUUCCUCACCUGGGUCACUGUCUUUAUUUUCUUGCACUUGUUUGUGUCAAACUACUGAAGUCCAGCAAUGGUCCUGGUAUAUAUAUAUAGAAACACGUAUACUGGAAGCGAAGUGGAUCCAGGCUGAUUCAGAUUGAAAAAUACGGACUGUGGAUUCUGUCUCUGGCCUGCUUUGUGAUUUCAGUGGCGCUUCGUACCAGUUUUACCACUGUUUACAUGAAACAUGCUUCCGAAUAAUAAUAAUAAAAAAAGAAAAGGUUAUUUAUUUCCUUAAUCAAAUCGUCUGUUGUUAGUUUUUUGUGAUUUUGCAUUUUUCUUUUUUUCUGUUUUGUUGUUGUUGCCGAUGAUGUUAGAUGUUUCGAUGCUGUCUGUUAGAACGUUACUAAGAAAUCCAAUGGUAUUACUUGGUACGCAACGUUAAUAUUAGCAGAUUUAGGUCUUAAGCACUAAUUCAGCUCAGUGUGAAUUUACUGCUGUCUGUGAUCAUUGUUUCCACUGAAUCAUCUACAGCCAGUGAUGAUCUGUCGCAGCCAAAAUCACUGAAUAAUUGGGCAUUAUAUUUAAUAACAGCACUUUUGUUUUUCUAUUGACAUUCGAUGUGGGAAAUUUGCUGAUUUUCAAUUAAAAAAAAAUCUAUCUAAAGAAUGUCUUCAAUUUGUGUUGUGUUGUUUCAUCCAUUGUAGCCAAAUGACAAAAUAAAAGUUUUAAAGAAUGAA